AUGCCGGUGGAAGAGCCGAAGCCACAGUGUGAACACAUGAGUAGAAGAAAAUUUCUUCUUGCCUCUGUACUUGCUCUCCAGAAUUCAAGUUUUAUAUAUCCAUCAUGUCAGAAGUGUUUCUCUCGAAUAAUCCUAGUCUCCAAAAGGUUUACUUGUCCAAAAUGUGGCUGUACUAGUGAAGCUGAAAAUGCCAGUUACAGAUAUAAACUUUCCUUAAAAGUUGCAGAAUCAAACAAAUUAUUUGGUAUUACUGUAUUUGGGAGCUGUUUAGAUACAUUUUUUGGUCUUACUGCUACUGCUUUACACAGGUACAUUGAAGAUCCUAAUGAAAUUCCAAAAACAUUGGACAGAGAUACAACUCAGAACCUAUUAACUAAAGCAGUUGAAACUUGCUUUGUCGGACAAAAUUUUAUUUUUGGAGUGACGAAUUUUGAAAACCCAGGUUCAGAUUCCAGGAAGUUCUUCCAGCAGUGUCCUGACCGCAAGAGAGAAGUUAAAGCGCUGGUAGCUUCCCAGAUUGUUCUGCCAGAUCCAAGUGUUGCAGGCUUCACUGUCAUUGACUACUUCCAUCAGCUUUUGAAGCCAUCCAACUUAAAGGAGUUUCACCAUGGCACCCAGGCAGAUAGCGACAUACUUGCUUUAGGUCUCUCAACUAGCGAGCUCAGCAACCUAUAUGGUUCUGAUAGCAGUUCUUGUUUUUUUGAGUCACGUGGUGGAGUUCAUUUUUCAAGAUUCUGGAAGUCAUCACUUGAACUGACUUCCAUUGUUUCUCAACUAACAGAUGAUGAUGAUGAUUUUCCAGCUUCAGAACAAAGAGCCAUUGGUGCUCUUCACCAGAACAGAAAGCGUAUGUCCUUUGCAGAGAUCACUGGUUCCAGUAGCUACCAUGAUCCCAUCCAGAAUUCAUGGAGUCUUCUUUCAUAUAUGGAUAAAAAGAGUAAAGCAGAAAAGUUGGGUGAAGAACUUGACUUACAAGCGACUCACCUGAGUGCAGUUUGCAGCAAUCAUCAUGAAACUGGUGUUGCUGACUCUAAUUUAUUCCCUUUGAAAGUGCAAGAGCCCCUUGAGCCACAUAAUGCAAAGUCCUUCCACGGUGCAAUAGAAUUGAAAAAUGAGUAUUCCCAACCUGAGCUAACAGGUCACCAGCAUCAUGAUCCAGAUACCCCUUCUAGUCUCCAAGAGAGAGCCGCGUGUUGUUCACCUUCAUCACUCAAACUUGAAGAGAUAGCUGGUGGUUCCCAGGAUUGUGGCCCUGAGAUAUGGGAUGAUCUGCCAUUCUCUGAAAGCCUGAACAAGUUUCUGGCAGCUAUUGAAAGUGAUGUUGCUAAAACCCCAACAGAUGCCCGUAGCAGGAAACAUUAUCUAGACACUGACAUUGAUAAAUUACAUACAGACCACAUCAGGUUAUCUGUGACUCCCCAAAAAACUACUGGAGCCCUGCAUAAACCACCUAUAGCUUUGAGAUCAUCACAAGCAACAGUCAAAGCAAAGGCUAACAAAGAUAACUUCCUUUCCAAGUUUGAAGCUAAUCCAAGUCCAAAUCCUCAAAAGGAAUCACAACCAGAUCACAUAGCAGAGACUACCUCUGUAAGUGCUAAUAGGAGACAGAGUUCUGAUUAUGUUUUACCAAAUACUUACCUGUCAGCUCUAAUUCGAUCUACAAAAGAUUUAGAAACAACAGUUACUACUCAUAAGAAGACAACCAGAAUCCAACCAAAAAGGGCCGAAAUUUUACCCUGGUCCAAUACUUCAGAGAAUGACAUUUCUUUUUUUAAUAUCAAAUAUACUAAUAGAGAAAAAUCACUUUUAGAAAUGAGUAAAAACUUGACAACUUUGUGCUCUACAAAGUGUAGUGAUGCUUUAGAUGUUUGCAGCUUGGAAAAGAAGCAGUAUGAUAGGUGGCCAGAGUACCCAGAUGACAGUUUUACAAUUUGCAGGCAACUUACCUAUCCUUUAGAAUCUUUUUGCAAUAGUACAAAUACAAGUACAAGCACAUUGAAAGAAAUGCCUCAUGGACCUAUCAAUAAUAACGUAAAACAGAGUUAUUCUCCUUGCCAUGAAUGUAGCUAUAAUGCUUCUGCUGAUCUCUUUGAUGUUAGUGGUAAAGAAAUGGACAUUACAACAGAAAUUACCAAAAAAUCACAGGAUGUUCUCUUGCAGUGGGAAAAGUCUUUGGUAGAAAGCCAUCAUGCAGAAUCUGAUUUUUCACUGAGAUUACUUUCUGAAAACUCAAGCCAGAUUUCACAAAAAUUAGCCUUGCAAAAUGUAUCUGCCCCUGUGUGUCCAAAAACAUGUUCUUCGCUUCACUUUCAGUCAGAUUCAGAAUAUGAAUUUGAAGAUAGCGAAGACUUUGUUCCAUAUUCACAAUCAACUCCAGUUUCAAGAUUCUACCAAGCAAGAAUUCAUGGGAUAAAAACAGCUUUCGAAAAAUUGCCUGCCUUUUAUUCAGAUCUUGAUAUUAAUUCUAGAAAGACAAGGAUUCCUUCUGAAAGUCACACACAGCAAGCUACCCCAAAUGGUCCAAAAACUAAAACAGCAAAAGUCCAGACAUGCAGAAGCUCUGUUAUAUCUAGCGGUACACAGCCAGUGAUUCUCACCCGCUGGCCUUUUACUGAGUGCCUUGAGACUGAUAUUGAUGAAUGGGUUCCUCCUACCACAAAAAAAGAAUUUCUUUCAAAGAACCGUCAAUUACGAACCAUGGGUCUAAGAAAGUGCCCUGCUGCCUGUAAUUCCCCUGAUCUAAAAGAGUUACCAAGAAAGAAACUGAAACAUGUUAAACAGAGAAUGGAUAAAUGCCUAAUUAAGGAGUUAAAUUUAAAUAAUAAGCUUUUAACAGUAGUUAAAAAACAGAAAACUUCUGAAUAUAAUUGUGAACAUUCAGGCUGGAUUUCCAGAGAGUCAGUUUUUGAACAUGGUUCAUGUUCAGAAUGUUGCCUUCCAUUUUCAAAAAAUUGGCCAUCUUCAUCACCUGAAACUAAUAGUGCUUGGUCACCGGAAUUGUUUUCAUAA